GGGGAGCGGGCGCGAGGAUCCCGCCCAGUGACUCGCGCCCUCCGGCGGAACUGCAGUCUGUCGGCUCGCUGAGGUGCCCCAGCCCAGGAAGAGCGGCGGCCGAGGCCCCCUCCAGCCAUGGCCUUUGCAAAUCUCCGGAAAGUGCUCAUCAGUGACAGCCUGGACCCUUGCUGCCGGAAAAUCCUGCAAGAUGGAGGGCUGCAGGUGGUGGAGAAGCAGAACCUGAGCAAAGAGGAGCUGAUAGCCGAGCUGCAGGACUGCGAAGGCCUCAUCGUCCGCUCGGCCACCAAGGUGACCGCUGAUGUCAUCAAUGCGGCAGAGAAGCUCCAGGUGGUGGGCAGAGCUGGCACAGGUGUGGACAACGUGGACCUGGAGGCUGCCACGCGGAAGGGCAUCCUGGUGAUGAACACCCCCAAUGGGAACAGCCUCAGUGCUGCAGAGCUCACCUGCGGUAUGCUCAUGUGCCUGGCCAGGCAGAUUCCCCAGGCCACGGCGUCGAUGAAGGACGGCAAAUGGGAGCGCAAGAAGUUCAUGGGAACAGAGCUGAACGGGAAGGUCCUGGGGAUUCUCGGCCUGGGCAGAAUCGGGAGAGAGGUGGCCACCCGGAUGCAGUCCUUCGGGAUGAAGACUGUAGGGUUCGACCCAAUCAUUUCGCCCGAGGUCUCGGCCUCCUUCGGUGUCCAGCAGCUGCCCCUCGAGGACAUCUGGCCUCUCUGUGACUUCAUCACUGUGCACACGCCUCUCCUGCCCUCCACCACAGGGCUGCUGAACGACAGCACCUUCGCCCAGUGCAAGAAGGGGGUGCGUGUGGUGAACUGCGCCCGGGGCGGGAUCGUGGACGAGGGUGCCCUCCUGCGGGCCCUGCAGUCUGGCCAGUGUGCGGGCGCCGCGCUGGACGUGUUCACAGAGGAGCCGCCCCGAGACCGGGCCUUGGUGGACCACGAGAACGUCAUCAGCUGCCCCCACCUGGGCGCCAGCACCCGGGAGGCUCAGAGCCGCUGCGGGGAGGAGAUCGCCAGGCAGUUUGUGGACAUGGUGAAGGGGAAGUCUCUCGCCGGGGUGGUCAACGCCCAGGCCCUGACCAGCGCCUUCUCUCCGCACACCAAGCCUUGGAUCGGGCUGGCAGAAGCUCUGGGGACCCUGAUGCGAGCCUGGGCCGGGUCCCCCAGGGGGACCAUCCACGUGAUGACGCAGGGUGCGGCCCUGAAGAACUCCGGCAGCUGCCUCAGCCCCGCGGUCAUCGUCGGCCUCCUGAGAGAAGCCUCCGGUCCGGCGGAUGUCAACCUGGUGAACGCCAAGCUGCUGGUGCAGGAGGCUGGUCUCAGCGUGACCUCCUCCCACGGCCCUGCGGCGCCGGGCGAGCAGGGCUGCGGAGAAAGCCUGCUGACCGUGGCCCUGGCGGGCGCGCCCUACCGGGCCGUGGGGCAGGUCCAGGGCACCACGCCCGUGCUGCAGGCCCUCAACGGGGCGGUGUUCAGGCCAGAGGUGCCUCUGCGCAGGGGCCGGCCCCUGCUACUGUUCCGGGCCCAGUCGUCCUGCCCGGCCAUGCUGCCCACCAUGAUCGGGCUCCUGGCAGAGGCCGGAGUGCAGCUGCUGUCCUACCAGACCUCGGCGGUGUCGGACGGCGCGACCUGGCACGUCAUGGGCCUGUCCUCCCUGCUGCCCAGCCUGGACUCCUGGAAGCUGCACGUGGCAGAGGCGUUCCAGUUCCACUUCUAACCUUGGAAGAGGCGCCCUGGGCCCACCCGGGGGACUUUCUGACCAGCAGGGAGGGGACAGCCGCAUUCCUGGGCGCGCAGACCUCCGACCUGCUAGUCCCCAAUACCGCGGAAUAAAGGGCCUGUCCCAGGUG